AAAAUCAAAUUCUGAAGGUCCUUUCAAUAUUAUCAUUUCUCUCUCUCCUUCUCUCUCUACCUUCUCCAUUUGGUUUCAAUGGCAGUAUCUCUUCAAUCAACUGGUUCGACAUCCUGCCUCCACGCAAGAGCUUCUGUCUCUCCCCCUCCUCUCAGUUGCGCAACCAAAGUAUUUAUCGGAUUAAAGCCCCAAUCUUCAAGUCCAUUUGGAAGCGCGAGACCUAAUUUAACGGUUGAUUUCUAUGACAAAGUUUAUAAGAGUCUCCAUUUCACUAACGGUAAACCAACACGAGGAAGGGUCAAUAUGAUGCCUAUUGGAACGCCCAGAGUACCUUAUAGAACCCCUGGCGAGGGAUCUUGGCAAUGGGUGGAUCUGUGGAAUGCCCUAUACCGUGAGCGUGUCAUCUUUGUUGGGCAACACAUAGAUGAAGAAUUCAGCAACCAAAUACUGGCAACCAUGUUAUAUCUGGACAGUAUUGAUGACGGCAAGAGACUUUAUAUGUACAUCAAUGGUCCUGGUGGGGAUCUAACACCGAGCUUAGCAAUUUAUGACACAAUGUCGAGCUUAAAAACUCCUAUUGGCACGCAUUGUGUUGGUUACGCCUAUAAUCUGGCAGGAUUUCUCCUUACAGCUGGAGAGAAGGGUCAACGGUUUGCAAUGCCUCUUUCAAGAAUUGCACUGCAAUCUCCUGCCGGUACUGCUCGUGGACAGGCUGAUGACAUCCGUAAUGAAGCUGAUGAACUUCUUCGGAUCAGAGAUUAUCUCUACAAGGAGUUAGCUAAAAACACGGGCCAACCUGUAGAAAAGGUUCACCAAGAUUUAAGUCGGAUGAAGCGAUUCAAUGCUCAGGAAGCUCUAGAAUAUGGGCUCAUUGAUCGGAUAGUGCGGCCACCUCGUAUUAAGGCUGAUUCACCUCGGAAAGAUUCAACUGCAGGUCUUGGUUAGUGUUCUGUUUUCAAGAAAUGUAGUUAACCCUAUUACACAAUCUGAAUGGUUUUACUAAUCAGAUCAUGUGGAUGUUGUUUAGUUGAUGAAAUAUUCGUAAUGUAUAUCACGUAAUUCCAAGGUUGAUAUUCACAUUUUUGUUGGAUUCUA